UUUCCAAAACAACAUGGCCGCCAUCAUAGGUGUUGGAAGAAUUGGCUUGAAAACAAGGAUUUUUACUUCUCAGUUUUUCAAAAGUGUUCGAGUCGUGCAAGGAAGAUAUAUAGCAGAUAAGAGCUCUGAAUCUGGGCAAAAAGUUUCCAACAAAACAGCUAAACAAGAAUCACCUCAAACCCAAGCCUCCUACCAAGUGCCAGAGUACUACUCGCACAGCAAGGACACUUAUGCUGACCUGGAGAUAGAGAUGGCCGACUAUCGACAAUCACAGCCGGACCCUCGUGUCCCAUAUUUCCACAACUACCCCUGGGAAAAAAAAUCUUCAUAAUGAUAAACAUUUUUGUAGAAUGUUGAAAUAUAGAUGCCUUUUUUGAAAAUUGCAGUUCUGUGAAUGAGAACAUUUAUGAAAAUCUUGUUGCUGAUAUUAAUUGCAUUGUUUUUGUGCAACUGUGUUUUGACUUAGGUCUAGUUAACUGUUUGGAAUGUCAUGCCUAUAAUCAUAAACUAAACUUAAUUCUAAUAAGAGACCUAGGUAUUGCAAAAUAUGAAGUUUAGCUCGUGAUAAACAUGGUUUUUGGCUUCUAAACCAUCCUUUGUGAUUGAGCUUAUCAAUGAAAUAUUUAACUCUUGAAGAUGUAACUGAGAAAUAAAUAAAUGUAAGAGGUGGCCUGGCCUGCAAGAUUGAA